CCCCAGCGCGGGUCCCCAGGGAAGGCUGGUGGCGCCUGAACUGCCACCAAUCCCCGUGCAGCGUGGGGAGGGACAGCACGGGUGGCGGGUCCGGCAGCUUCGUCCAAAGCUCUGUUUCUCCUCGUGCCUCAGUUUCCCCGGCGUGGCUCUUGGCACACGUGCGCUGUGGCCGGGCUGCGCUGUGCUGCCGCGGCCACUCCCCACUUGAACCACUGGUGGCACCGACAGCCACGGGCUCCCCUGGGGACCUGGUUUUGGGGACAGGCACUCGGUGGUGCGCAGGGGCGGAAGGGGAUAGCAUGCAGCCAGGAGCUGGGGGUCUCCCUGGGGACAUGGCUCUGUCAGCCCACAGAAGGAGAUGGGGGUCAGUGACUACGUUACGGACCCCCAGGCCAAGUUUGUUUAACCCUGUGUCACCCUGACUGGCCAGAUCCCUCGGGAAUCCCCCUGUUUUGCUGCAGAUGUUUGUGGGUUUUUUUGUGUGUGACGCUUUGCUGGUUUUUAAGCAUUCUGGUGCGUCCCUGCUCCCACCCAACCCCUUCCCCUAUUAGCAACCCACGUAGAAGGCAAGUCCUGCCGGUUUCUCUCUCAAACCUGCCUGAACCCCCCCAAACUCUGCUAAGACCCCCCAGUUUUCAUCUGUAAGCUGCAGGGUGGUGUUGUGCUGGGGGACGGGGGCUUGGAAGGGAGGCAGAGCCUGGGGGAGCGAGGCUGCCAGCAGGCCUGGGGACUCCAGAGGGGACAGAGGGGCUCCUGGGGCCAUCCCUGCACCCCUUGGUGCCUGGCACGGGGACAAGGGGCAGGCACGGGCUUGCACGGGGAGCGAACCGCCCUCCCCGCCUGCUCCUGCGGGGAGCCCGUGAUUCAUGCGGGCUGGGAGCGCCCCGCUGAGCGCUGCCAAACUCGGGCACCCGCCGACGCUCCCGGGGGGUGGUGCUGAGCUGGGAGAAGAGGGGGGGCCUUGGGGUUACCCCUGGGUGCUGCACCCCAAAAGGGUCAGGUGUGACCCCCAAGCGAAGGGGGCACUCCUGGUAAACCCGUGAUGUCCUUGGACACCCCGGGAACUGGGGAGGUGGGUCCCCCCCAGCAUCAGUCCCCAGGCGCUGUGGGAUGGUGGCACCAGGUCUGCAGCCCACUGGGGUUUGGGGAGGCCAGUAAAGCGGGGACGGUCACCCCAGAACGCUCGCCCGCAGCUCUCACCACCCCGCCCUGGCAUCAGCCGCUGCUCCUGCUGACGGUGGCACAUUCCGCGGGGACAGCCGCCCUUUUCACCUCCUAACCAAGCACAAAAGUCAUCCCGGCGUUGUCAUCAACGUCCUGGCGUUGUCAUCAACGUCCCGGCACUGUCAACGCCAUCCCGGCGUUGUCAUCGCCGGGUGUUGUAAACCCCAUCUGGCAAAGCCCGUGACGCAGCUGCCAGGCGGGUCCCAAGCGGUGACACCGGGCGCUGAGCCUGGUCGCGCUGCCUGGGCCGCGUCGCCACGCUGGCCUUCAAACGGCCGGCACCGGCUGGCGCGGGCGGUCGCUGUGCCGAGCCGCCGGGCACGGCCGCGGGCAGCGCUGGGGACGGGCACAGCUCGGCGCAGCAGCGAGCGGCUCGGCCGGCAAGCCGGGCUGAGGGAGCGGUGCGGACGGCACCGUGGAGGUGGCGGCAGCCGGGCCUGGGCACGGCGGGCUGGGGGACGUGGUGUCCCCCGACGCGGCUGUGCCGGGGUCGCCCGGGGUGGCUGGGCGGGCGGGGCAAGCCUAAUUAGUACCUGUGCCAUGGCAGGGCUGAAUCACCGCGUUCCUUCCUGCCGGCAUUCAGCCACCCCCUUUUCUUUCUUAUUACUGUUGUUGUUUUUUAAUUCCCCGGCUAAUUUGAAAAGCAAAGCAGGGAAGGCCAGGCCAGUAAUUACCGCCAAUUAGCCCCCACUCUGGCCCUUGGGCAGCCUGGCCCCCUGUGCUGGGGUGGUUUGCCGGGGCUGGGGUCAGUGGUGGGGCCACCUGGGGGUCCGGGGCUCUCCUGGGAGCCCAUGCUGGGGUCUGGGACUUGCCAGAGAGACAAUGUUGAUGUCUGGGGGACCAUGUGGGGAUCCAGUUCUAGCCAGAGGGACAAUGUGGGGGUCCAGGCGGCUAUGCGGUGGUCUGGGGCUUGCCAGACGGUCAGUGUGGGGGUCAGGGGCUCUCCUGGGAGGUUGCUUGGGGGUCUUGGGCUCAUUGAAGGGACAAUGUGGAGGUCUGGGGCUCAAUGAGAUGGCUGCUCUGUGGGACCAUGUGGGGGUCCAGGUCUUGCCAUAGGGACAACAUGGGAUCUGGGGCUCUUUGCUGUGGCCAUGUAUAGGUCUGGGGCUCACUGCUGGGGUUGUCUGGGAUUCUGGGGGGUAAUGGGUAGGCUGCCUGGGGGUGCCUCUCACGGCAGGUACGACCACCCCGGUCCCCCCGGGCCAUCCGCCUCCCCCGCACCCUCGUCCCUGCAAGGUCGCCCCUGGGUGCCCGUGUCGGUCACGGUGUUGGUGACGGUGUCGGCGGGUGCUCGGUGUGGUCCCCUCCCUCCCGGCGAGGCGUGGCGGCGGCGGGGCGUGCCGGGAGCCUCCCUGGGGCCGAGGGAGCCGCCGCCGCUCACCUGCGCAGGGCGGCCGCGCCGGCUGGGCCGCACCGCAGCCAUGCAGGAGCCCCCCGCCGCCGCCGCCAACCCCUUCCUGCUGUCGGCCCUGCAGCCCGAGGCCGGUGUCUGCUCGCUGGCCUUGCCCUCGGACCGGCAGCUGGACGGCCGGGGCCGGGAGGCGGCUGAGGCCCAGCGUCUGCGCAGCGCCCGCGUCCAGGAGCAGGUCCGCAUCCGCAUGAUGCUGCGGGGACAGGCGGCUGCCCGCCCCGACGGCCCCGACCACGCCGACGGCACCAGAGGCGGUCAGUAUGGCACAGCCCUGCACUCCUCCUUCAGCUCCCGCUCCCAGAGCAACGGUCUGGACCCCAAAGCCUCGCUGUACCAGCCACUGCCCAAGAAGGAUUUUGGCACCCUGAAGGGCGGCGGCUGGUCCUCGCGCUCGGCUGUGGACCUCACCUCGCACAAGCGGGUGGCGACCAUCAGCAACGGGGGCCUGGCACAGGGCCGCGGCUACGGCCCCGGCUAUGCCGUGUCCCCGGCCACCAGCACCUCCCCGCGGCCCAGCUCCUUCCACGAGCGCAACUACCGGCCCCGGCAGAACUUUGACACGCUCUCGCUGCGCUCGCUGCGCCUGGCCGACGGGCCACUGCCGCCCCCCGCCAUGGCCGAUGACCGCUAUAGUGUCAUCUCAGAGCAGCUGGACCCGCUGGGGCACCGGCCCCUCUACAAAAGCCAAGGCAACGGCGGCUUCGCCCGCUCCUACACCUUCGAGAGGCAGCUGAGCGCCGGCUCGGCCGCCAAGGCCCCGUCCGAGUGGCUGGAGGGCAGCGAGGUGGCGCAGAGCCGCACCAUCCGCGCGCCCGCCAUGCGCACGCUGCAGCGCUUCCAGAGCAACAACCGCUCGCGGCUGAGCGCCGGCUCCUUCGGCAGCGCCGCGGCGGGCAUGGGCGGCUCCUACCUGGGGCUGGGGGAGCACGGCAGCUCCCGCGCCCCCUCCGUGCGCAGCCUGGCCGAGUCGGGCCAGCGGCUGCAGGACCAGCGCGCCAUGGAGCUGUACAACGGGCACGGCACGCUGCUCGGCCGCCACUCGGGAGGGUUCGACGACAUCGACCUGCCCUCGGCAGUGAAGUACCUGAUCGCCAGCGACCCCAACCUGCAGGUCCUCGGUGCCGCCUACCUCCAGCACAAGUGCUACAGCGACGGCAACGCCAAGAAGCAGGCCCGCAGCCUCCAGGCCAUGCCCAAGCUGGUGAAGCUGUUCAACAGCCCCAACCAGGAGGUGCAGCGCCAUGCCACCGGCGCCAUGCGCAACCUCAUCUACGACAACGCCGAGAACAAGCUGGCGCUGGUGGAGGAGAACGGCAUCUACGAGCUCAUGAGGACGCUGCGGGAGCCCGAUGACGAGCUCCGCAAGAAUGUCACAGGGAUCCUGUGGAACCUCUCCUCCAGUGACAACCUGAAGGACCGCCUGGCCCGGGACACGCUGGAGCAGCUCACGGACACGGUCCUGGUGCCCCUCUCUGGGCUGGGGGGCUCGGGUGUCAUCCAGCAGAACCCCUCAGAGGCGGAGAUCUUCUACAACUCCACGGGCUUCCUCAGGAACCUCAGCUCCGCCAGCCAGCAGACCCGGCAGAAGAUGCGCGAGUGCCACGGGCUGGUGGACGCCAUGAUCCACUACGUCAACAGCUCCCUGGAGGUGGGCAAGUCCGAGGACAAGAGCGUGGAGAACGCCGUCUGUGUCCUGCGCAACCUCUCGUACCGCCUGUACGACGAGAUGCCCCCGUCCUCCCUGCAGCGGCUGGAGGGCCACCGGCGCAACGGCGGCAUGGUGACCGGCGAGCUGGUGGGCUGCUUCAGCCCCCAGAGCAAGAAAGCGCGGGAGCACUACCUGAACGCAGACAUCGUCACCUUCACGGAGGUCUCCAAGGACCCCAAGGGCAUGGAGUGGCUCUGGAACCCGCAGAUCGUCGGCAUCUACAACCGGCUGCUGCAGCGCUGCGAGCUCAACAAGCACACCACCGAGGCGGCCUCGGGCGCCCUGCAGAACAUCACUGCCGGGGACCGCAGGUGGGCAGGUGUGCUGAGCCGGCUGGCGCUGGAGCAGGAGCGCAUCCUGAACCCCGUGCUGGACCGCGUCCGCACCGCCGACCACCACCAGCUCCGCUCCCUCACCGGGCUCAUCCGCAACCUGUCCCGCCAUGCGCGCAACAAGGACGAGAUGUCCACCAAGGUGGUCAGCCACUUGAUCGAGAAGCUGCCGGGGAGCGUGGGGGACAAGGCACCACCUGCCGAUGUCAUCGUCAACAUCAUCGCGGUGCUCAACAACCUGGUGGUGGAGAGUCCCAUGGCCGCCCGCGACAUCGUCUACUUUGAUGGCCUGAGGAAGCUCUUCUACAUCAAGAAGAGAAGGGACAGCUCGGACAACGAGAAGUCCUCCAGAGCAGCGGCCAGCCUCCUGGGCAACAUGUGGCAGUACACCAAGCUGCACCGCGACUUCAAGAUGAAGGGGUACCGCAAGGAGGACUUCCUGGGCCUGUGAGGACACCCCCGGGCUGCCCAUCCUGACCCCCAGAUGCUCCUGCUGCCGGCCAUGCCCCAGGACACCGCUCGUCGCCCAACCCGCUCCAUAGCGUAGUCCUCACCGCGUCCCUUGUGCCUCCCGCUGCGCCACGUCCCCUUCCCUGGUGGGGGACACUCCUGCUGCAGCAACGGCUUUUGGCUCUGCCAGGAGCCCCGCUGGAACCCUGGUUGGUGGGGACAGCCCUGUGGCACUCAGGGGUUCCUAGAAGCUGCUGCAAAGCUCGGCUUGUCUCGGGGCAGGGCAGGAGCAUUGGGGGGGUCCUGCAAAGCUGUGCUGCUGGGGACACCCCGAACUGCGCACACGGGGUGCUGGGGAUGCAGGGUGCGCCGUGGGCUGUCCCUGCUCUGCCCCGGGUGGGGGGACAGGGCUGCGCAGACCUCAGGGGGUGGGAGGUCAGGGGAGGCUGCCCAGGGUUUUGCGGGGUGGCUGUGAGGGGGUGGCUGAGGCUGUGCCCCUGCUGCCAGGGGCCGGGGGACCUCGGAGCUGCACUGUCCCCAGCCGUGCGCCCCCCGGGACUGUCCCCAGCCAUGCACCCUGUGGGACUGUCCCCAACCCUGCACCCCGCGGGGAUUGUCCCUGUACAGCCUGGUUGGGGGGCUCAGGCUGGGACCCCAGUGCUGCAUGGGCAGCAUUGGGGCAGGGCCAGCGCUGGUGUGUGCUGGGCAGUGUCACCAGCGUGUGGCAAGAUGUCCCUGGUGCCCGGUGCUCUCCCUGCACGGCAGCAGCGGGGCUGGGGGCUGCAGGUGGCUUCGCUUUGCCAGCGGGUUUGGUGCUGGGGGCAUCCCUGUGCUUGAGGUCAUUGCACCCCUUUCGGGAAAUGAGGUUGAGUAGUUACAGGGGGUGGGGGGGACGCCAGGCAGCGCUGGCAGAGGGGCCGCAUCCAGGGCUGGGGCGGCCCCCGCAGUGUGACGGCACGGGGGUGUCAUGGUGUGUUCGUCCCCCAGCUCUCCGUGUACAAAUUCCCUGAGCAUCCUUGAAAUAAAGGCCUUGAACGUG